CCGCCUUUGGAAAGCCGCUCAGGGUCGCGGAAACAAAGAAGAGGCAAUUUCAAAUCCAAGCCACCUUCGAUCGUUAUUUAUCCCCAACAACCGUCCAUACUGUACUGGAGUCAAUCAAGACAGACUUCUAAGUAUAUCACGCCUAGCUAUUCCUGUUAUCUAAUAAAAUGUCGGAAGAUAUCGAAAAGAUCACAUCUGUUUUACGCAAAGGGGUCACUGAAGGCGUUUUGAACACCUUAGACUCACGUAAACGUGCCAUCCGAAAUAUUCUUAAAUUGUUCUUGGAAAACGAGGAAAAAAUUGUCGAAGCACUAGAGGCAGAUCUUCGCAGGUGUCGAACUGAAGCUAUUUUUACAGAUAUAGACACUUCAGUAGGCGAAGCACAAAUGAUGCUUUCUAAUAUUGAUUCAUGGUUGAGGGAGGAGUCGGUCCCGUCGUCAUUCAUCACUUUAAUGGAUACAGUAACUAUUCAAAAGCAGCCAUACGGUGUGGUUUUAAUAAUGAGUCCUUGGAACUUCCCCUUCAUUUUAUCCUUUCAGCCUCUAAUCGGUGCAAUCGCUGCUGGGAAUAGUGUUCUUCUUAAGCCGUCAGAAAUGACUCCGGCAUGUUCUCAGCUGAUUUCUGAGCUUAUCGCUAAGUAUUUAGAUAAACACAUAUGUCAAGUCAUUUGUGGAGGCCCUAGUGUAUCUAAGACAAUUCUGGAAACUCAGCGUUUUGACCUUAUAUUUUACACGGGUGGUACAACCAUUGGUCGCGAAGUUUAUGUUGCCGCUGCGAAACAACUUACUCCUGUUGUUUUGGAACUUGGAGGGAAAUGUCCUGUGUAUAUUGAUUCGGAUGUCAGUUUGGAUGUAGCUGUCAAGCGUAUUAUUUACAGCAAACUUCUGAAUUGUGGACAAAUAUGUGUUGCUGCCGAUUACUUAUUAUGUCACGAACAAAUACUACCUGUUUUAAAAGAAAGGAUUGAAGAAAUCGUAAAACAGUUUUUGGGCGAUGAUCCUCAAAAAAGUCCUGAUUUUGCGCGCAUCAUCAGUGUCAAGCAUUUUCAGCGUCUUACAGGUCUACUGAAACAAACUAAAGGCAAAGUUAUGGUCGGUGGCAUGUCAGAUGUGAAUGACAGAUAUAUUGCCCCAACUGUUGUAUUUGAUGUUGAUGAAGAGGAUAUAUUAAUGCAAGAUGAGGUUAGAUUUAUUCAUUAUUUUUAAUAACCACUUUGCUAGCGAGUAUUAUUGUACAUACGUUUUUCUAAUUAAUUCAAGAAUUCUACUGGAUCGAACAUGUAUAACCUUUAAAUAACAAGUUGGGUCAUUUUUGAAAUGCAAAAGUAGCUAACAUAAACCAUGAGUACAUCAUUAAACAUACAUUGCAUUUUAUAUCUAUCCAUUACUUAAAAUGGUUUCUUAUGUGUUUCUAGUAACAACCAUAAGUCGGACAAUUUGGGCAGCAAUCAAUCGACAAAAUAACCCUAACAUGAUUGAAUAAAUUCUUAUAUAAUUUGCGUCCUUGAUAUUGGAUAAAAAUCUCCAUAUUGUGUAUUAUAGUACAACAAGCAACGUUUGUUCAAACAUAUUCAACGAUAAAACAUUUCCAGCCAUAAUAGCAUUUUGUAAACAAUUUCUGUUUUUUAUCUGGAAUUCGGAAUUGUAUGGAAUUUUCUUUUUUUAACUUGUAGAUUUACAGGAAAUAAUGGUUUAGGCUGGCGACAGCCAUUAGUGUUCAUUAGAGAUAUUCUUUCCUUGUCAUUUAGGUAUUGAAUUUUUCUAGGGCAGUAUUAUUCUCGGAAUACUCUGAUGAUGGUGCCUUUUUUUGUUUAUUUCUGUAAAAUAUCUUAAAAGGGACAUUUAGUUGAAACCUAGAAAUGUUCUGAAUUCAUUUUUUGUUGUGCCAAAUGUUCCAGAGCUAGUCUAUAUCGUUACUUAUUUUAAUAAUAAUGGAUUAAGUGGAUGAGUUUUAUCAACUUCGACGAGAUUGUGUCUACCUUUUUCCACUGUAUUGUCUUCACUUUUUUACGUGAUGUUUUUGUUGAAAAAAUAGCUCGAUGUCUUUUUAGUAUUAACGUUAAUAAAGUUUCUAUGUUAAUACUGAAAGCCUGUUAACCUCAUACAAUUUACAAUACUGAUAAGAUAUUAGAAUGCCCAUCAAGACGUAAGUAUAAAACACGAAAAUAUAUUAUUUUUUCCCAUAUAAAUCUCAUAUAUGACUUUAAAUAUGUACAGUUUCAACCUUUGGUGUCUUCUGAAAAUUCGUCCUAGAUAUUUGUUAAAUCGAUGCUAAAAACUUCCGUCUAAAGGAAUUAAAUUUGUUAACGAAUCUGUAAUGAAGAUUGGACCGAAAAUGUCAUUAAUUUCCGGUGUUAUGUCAUAAAUACGAUUAAAAGUUAAAAGGUUUUUGAUAAAAGUAUUGUACGGAAUUUUGACUUGAACUUUUUUCUGACCAUAAUGAGUUCAUCCAUCCAAGUAAUCUUAUUUCUGGUUGACCAAUAUUUGCUGGUUACUUUAAUUCUCACGCUAAGUAUUCCGUCAGAAAACUGAAAAUAUGUGAAGGUUAAUGUUAUUUUACGUUAAUAUGUAUUCAGCUAAAAUUUACUUCGUGAGUUUGUCUUUCCUUGUCUAUCAGAUCUUUGGGCCAAUACUUCCUGUGCUGUCUGUGAAAUCACCUUCUGAAGCUAUUCGGAUAAUUAAUUCCAAGUAAUUAUAAUGUAUUGCUGCAUAUUAAUGUUUUAUUUUUGACUGAUAAACAGUGUAGAAUGAUUUAUAUACGGAAUUAACAACCUUCUGAUAUAGAUACAUAAAUAUCAAGUCACUUCAGAGUUGUCUCAUAAAUUCAAGUAUUAGUUAGCUUUUCUUGAACUGUCAUUUCUCAUUAACCCAGAGUUCAUAUUAAUUUCUCGCUUCUGAUUGAUUGACCUUAUCGGAUACACGCUCUUGUUCUUAAUAUUUCGACCCCUAAUAGUCCCCUUAAUUUCUUAUUGAUAAACUGCAACUUAAAAUCUGAUCAUAAUAUCAUUUUUAUAGCUUCUAUUCACUUAUAGUCUAAGAGAGUAGUGAGUUCGGUUUUGAGGUUUCGUAGUCCAGAAUAAAUGGCAGUUAUCCAGGUUGAUUAGUGUGGAUCGAUAUGCGUGGUUCGACUUCCUGGGGAAAGCUACAAAAAUUUAUCUCUGACAGAAUAUUAAAUUGAUAAACAUUCAGUUAUAAAGACGAUUAUAUUCUAGAGAAACUACUGAAAAAUAACUCAACACCUAAGCUUUUGAAUGUCAGUCUACUCUUAAUUAUGUUUUAUUGAUUUAAUUGGUAUUUAGAGCGGAUCAAUUUCAUUAUUGUAUAAAUUGAAUUGAAAUUUUUUUAUGAGAUUGUGAGUUAUACUCACCCUUAAGCCAAAGCCUUUAAUCAAUACUGGCUCAAUAAACCUGCAUAUUUUGGUUUAAGUAAUUAACAACGUCACACCACAGUCGAAGUCAAGUUCAUGAGUCCAUUCUUGUAUCCAGCUAUCUAAAAAUUCCAACAAAUGGAUUAAAGACAGUAUUUUUUGUAAAUUAUGACUUGUAUGCUUAGUCAUUGUCUUUUAUCGGAGGCAUCCUGUUCUCUUAGCUGGAUGUUCUGUAAAGUUUUCAUUAUCUUUAUAGACUGCGUCGUCCACACAUACUUGAUUCAGUCAUUAUUAUUCAUUCCUACCUAUUUGAAUCUUACGUAUAAUUCUUUUGUUUCUUUAUUUUAGAGAAAAACCUUUAGCCGUUUACGUGUUUACUCGAAACAAAUCAGUGUUCAAUGAUUUCAAAAUGGCUACGUCUAGUGGUGCGAUUAUGAUGAAUGAUUGUAGUGUACAUACUCUUAGUAAGUCAAUAACUCGUUUGUUAUCAAACAUUAAAAAAGUUUUGUAGUCUAAUCACCCUUAUUAAUUUGUGUUAGUUCAUUUGCACUGUAAUCUCAGAUGGUGAAAUACAAAACAUUAAUUCCUGGUUCUUUUAUUGAACAAAAAUUUACGUUUGUAGUUUUCACGUGGAUAAAGUUAUUUUUUUACAUAAUUUAUUUCCGCAGUAGUUAGCAACAAAGUUCAUUUGUAGCACGUAGCUAAAUCGAGUGCGACACUUGCUUAUAUGCUUUGUUUCUUUGUAAAUUUAAAAACUUAGGUAAUUUAACUUGACAGUUUAAUAAGUUUCCAAGAUUUUUUAAGAACGUUGUCUAUUGUACUAAUUUACCAUAGAUUAUCAAUUCCCUCAAGAAUUUAGAUAUGUCUUGAAGAUCGUUACCGACUAACACGAAACCUAAGUUUAUGACUUUUUAUUAAUUUCCUCUAGCUAUCUAAGAUAGUCAGUUACUUCAGCUGACUGUGUAGUUUUAGGGAACUAUCAUUAGCCUGUAGCCCUCUUAGGGUUACUACCAGUCCUAAGCCAAUCUUAAUGAGGAAGGUUAGUAACCCUAUCCCAUAGAAAAUAACCCUGCUAAAUAAACCAUAAGGAAUCAUUUUAACCACUUAAACUCUGCCUUGAGAGUUAAAGGAUCUUCAUUUAGAAGAAUUACGACGCCUCAUGGUAAACGCCGAGAUUCCUCGAAAGUCAUGAAAUCGAUACCCCUUUUAACAAACAGAGCAACAAUUACCAUGGGUACAUGGAAUGUCCGGGCAAUGUGGGGGACCGAGAAGACUAUUCAAAUAGCUACGGAAAUGAGGAGAUACAACUUGUCAGUCCUCGGAAUCAGUUAAACGUAUCGGACCCAAGCUGAACAGAGAAGUUAAGGUUCGGAUAAGAUACUUUUGUGCCCUGGUCUUGAAGAAGGAAAUGUUUCGCAUACAGAGGGAGUUGCACUGAUGCUUUCCUAAGAAGCACAGAAGCUGUCUACGAGAUGGGAGUCUCAUUGAUCCAGAAUAAUGAACAAUUCUUCAAAACAAAGAAUAAGGGCAUUACAAUUAAUGUUAUUCAGUGCUAUGUACCCACCAAUGAAAGCAACGAAAACUAUUAAAGUCAGUUUUGGGGAGAGGCUGCAAUCGAUCGUAAAGAGGUAUAUAGGAAAAGGACCUGACCAUCAUGACGAGAGACCUAAACACCAAGGUCGAAAUGGACAACACCGGGUAUGGAGCUAUCAUCGGACGACAUGGACUGGGAGAAAGGUACAAAAAUUGUUAGAGAGAUUCACAAAUUUAUGUACGUUCAACAAAAUUGUUAUAGGCGGCACAAUAUUCCCUCACAAACGCAUACAGAAGUCUACAUAGUUUCACUAGAUCACACUACAGAGAGUCAGAUCAGCCAUAUUUGCAUCACUAAAAAAAUUCAGGUCAGUGGAAGAUAUGAGAACAAAGAGAGGAGCUGAUUUGGCUUCAUAUCACUACAUGGUUUGGUCAAGAUCAAACUCAAGCUAAAGAAGCACUGGGCGACUAAAAAACAGCAUUACGAAGGUUUAAUACAGUCCUCGAGAUACUGAAAAAACUCAGUAAGUUCAAUAUGGCCUUUGGCGACAGGUUCCAAGCCUUACAAGGUCUACUUAAAAAAAGAAAAUACCAUGAAGAACAGCUGAAAAAGGGACUAAGGAAGCUGUAACUUGAGCAUGACAAGAAGUGCUGGGCCACAAGAAGCAUCAUCAUUAGGAAUGGAUCUCUACUGAUACCCUGAAAAAGGUUCAAGAAAGGAAAAACAAGAAGACAGCAAUGAACAACAGGUGAACAAGAGCGGAGAAAGCCAAGGCACAAACCGAAUACACAAAAGCAAGCAAGCGGGUGGAGAAGAGUAUUGGAGCUGAUAGAUGAAACUACCUGGAAGAUUCUACAUUGACAGUUGAAAAGCUGCAGAAUAAGAAAAUAUUGGACAACGAAGAAACUGGGGGGGAAAUAUAGUAAACUAGAGCGACCACUCAAGAAUAAAGGAGACAGGCCAAUCACUGCGAUUCAAGGACAGAGGAACAUCUGGGCACUUUGAAGAACUGAAUAGACCACCCCCACUGAACCCACAGGACAUCAAAGCAGCACACACAGACCUUCCUAUAGAUGCCGCCCCAUCAAUAAUUGAAGAAAUCAGCGUGGACAUUGGACAAAUCAAGAGUGUGGAAGCAGCAGGUACAGGUAACAUACCAGUUGAAGCACUAAAAUCAGAUAUAGAGGUAACUGAAGAUGUUCCACAUUCUCUUCAGAAAGAUGUAAGGGGAAGAAGGAUGCCUCAUCAAGAUCAUCCGCGGUAGUCGCGCUGACUCCAGCCAAGUAGUCUGCAUAUACUAACAUGGCUCAGAUUUAUAGUUAGUGACUUCGAGGACUGACGUCACGUUUUGGCUUGGCCACUCUUUACUUUCUUCCAACCAUCCCCAAUACUAGUCAGCAUUGCGCGUCGUGGUAAUCGGUGGUUGAGCAUGCGUAAUACGUGGCCCAACCCUCUCGAUCGAUGUAGAUUCACAACCUCAUCAACUGAU